AUUGGCUGCUGGAUCAGAGAAGGUGAAGACGCCAACCACAUCAUUUAGUGAAGAUGAAUCUGAAGAUGUACCUCUGAAGAAGCGGAAAACCAACUCGAAGGCCACACAAAGCAGGCCCAGAGUCAAGAAGGAAUCACCAUCAAGCGCUUCAGUUUCUCCCCGGAAAAAAAAUCAGCAGAGUAAGGAGCCCAAAAUCAAGAAAGAAGAUACACCCAGAGUUAAGACAGAAGAUGAAGCGGAGGAAGAAGAGAAGUACAAGUGGUGGGAGCAACAGGACCUGAACGACGAAAUUGUUUGGGAUACCCUUGAACAUAACGGUGUUAUAUUUCCUCCUGAUUACGAGCCCCUCCCUUCCCAUGUGAAGUUGAUCUACGAUAAAAAGCCUGUUUCUCUACCACCAGCUGCUGAAGAAGUGGCCGGGUUUUUUGCAGCCCUAUUGGAGUCUGACCAUGCUAAAAAUCCAACUUUCCAGAAGAAUUUCUUUGCCGACUUCUUAGAGGUGCUGAAAGAAAACGGUGGGUGUCCAGACGCAGAAAUCACGGAGUUCCAAAAAUGUGACUUCAGCCAAAUGUUCGAGUAUUUCCAAAAGCAAAAGGAGGAAAAGAAGGCCAUCUCUCCACAAGAAAAGAAACGAAUCAAACAAGAGAAGGAAAAGAUGGAAGAGAAAUACAAAUUUUGUCUUUUAAACGGACGGAGAGAGCAGGUUGGAAACUUUAGAGUUGAGCCUCCGGGGUUAUUCAGAGGUCGUGGUGCGCAUCCUAAGACCGGUAAACUGAAAAAGCGCGUUCAACCGGAGGAUAUAACUCUGAAUCUGAGUAAAGACGCACCAAUUCCUCCGCCACCUGAAGGCCACCAGUGGGGAGAAAUAAAGCAUGAUAACACUGUCGCAUGGUUGGCCAUGUGGAGGGAAAAUGUGCUUGGAUCCGUGAAGUAUGUGCGAUUUGCUCAAAAUUCCUCUUUAAAAGGUAUGAGUGACUUUAAGAAGUUUGAAAAGGCGAGAGAGCUCAAGAACUACAUCGAUGCGAUUAGAAAGGAUUACCGCGCUAAGUUGAAGUCGGAGCUCAUGAUGGAUAGACAACUGGCUACCGCAACAUAUCUCAUUGACGUGUUUGCCCUCAGAGCAGGCGGAGAGAAGAGCGAAGAUGAAGCAGACACUGUUGGUUGCUGCUCCUUAAGAUACGAACACAUCUUUCUUAAGCCUCCUAACACAGUUGUAUUUGACUUCUUAGGUAAGGAUUCCAUCAGAUUCUAUCAAGAGGUUGAAGUUGAUCCGCAAGUUUUCAAGAAUCUGAGAAUUUUCAAGAAGAGCCCAAAGAAACCUGGGGACAACUUGUUUGAUAGAAUCGAUCCUUCCGUGCUCAACAAAUACUUCCAAUCGUACCUGCCAGGAUUGACCGCUAAGGUUUUCAGAACAUACAAUGCGUCCAAGACAAUGCAAGACCAGAUCGACCUAAUUAAGAACGAAGGUACGGUGAAUGAGAAAGUAGUCAAGUUCAACGCUGCGAAUAGAACUGUUGCGAUUCUCUGUAAUCACCAGCGGACGGUUAGCAAAAAUCAUGAAGCAGGAGUCCAAAAGAUUAAUGAGAAGAUAGAAGAAAUGAUAUGGCGCAAGAUCGUGCUGAAGCGUAUGAUGCUGCAGCAAGAUAAGUCGCUGAGGAAAAAGGAUUUCAAAUAUUUCGAGGAGGUUGAUGAUAUGAGCAAAGAGGAAGAACAAAAAAUUAUCGAGCGAGUGUUGCAGAAAGAGAAGGAAAAGAUAGAAAAGAGAUAUGAACGAGAGUUGUUGAAGCUGGGAUACGAAGAGCUCACCAAAGAUGAGAAGGCAAAGAAGAAAGAAGAAUUGGCAGCCGAUCACAAGAGCAGAUUGGAAAAGCACAAAGAAUUAGAGAAGACGUACAAAAAUGAGUUCAAGACUGGAACCUACGAGAUCAAGCCCACUCAAACUGUGGAGAAGUUGCAACAGCAGGUAGAAAAAAUCGAAACCAGGAUAAAAAACACCAGUCUUCAGCUAAAAGAUAAGGAGGACAACUCUCAAGUUGCACUGAAUACGUCUAAAAUCAAUUACAUCGAUCCUCGACUAACGGUUAUGUUCUCAAAGAAAUUCAACGUGCCCAUCGAGAAGCUUUUCACUAAAACUUUGCGUGAGAAGUUUGCAUGGGCCAUUGAAUCAGCCGACGAGAACUGGAGAUUCUAGAGCUCACAGAGAUGUAAUAUAGAAUGGUCAAUUAUAUAAGUACCAAAUGUCGCUAUGUAUAGAGAAUAUUUAUGCUAAGAGAUGCUUAGUAUUGUCUAGCAGCAGCCUGACAGGCCUUCAGUUGCUGUAAGUAAAAGUCGCAAGCUUGGUAGUUGCCAUUUGACUCCUCCAAACAUCUAGUGAAGUUUCUAGCAUCGGCAUCACAGGCUGGAGUGGAUUGUUGUUGGUAUUGUUGAGCUGAAGCAGCCGGCACUUGUUGCUGUUGGUAUUCAGCAGGUUGAGAGGAAGAUCCGGAAAACAGACCGGUGAUACCUGCACCAAUAGUAUGACCCACGGCGGAACCGACAGCAACACCGGCAGCAGUCGAGGCCAUUUGAGAAAACAGGCCUGGCUGUUGUUGGGUCUGCACUGGGUGGCUGUAAGAGUGUGUGAUCCGGAUGAACCAGAGCUAGCGUCAACUUUCAAUAUUAAAAUAAGUUCUGCAAUGGGUAACUAUGAACAGUUUAUCAAUGAAUCGAAAGACUGGGAUACUUGGAAUCUUUACAACGAAGAUUCCCCGGACUUUCCUGUUCGUAAAAACAAGAUUAGACAUUUUACCUUGAACUUUGGACCGCAGCACCCUGCAGCACACGGAGUGCUGCGACUGAUUCUUGAGCUACAUGGUGAAGAAAUUGUUCGGUCAGAUCCACACGUUGGCCUUUUGCACAGAGGAACGGAAAAACUGAUCGAAUCGAAAACGUAUAUUCAGGCAUUACCGUAUUUUGAUAGACUCGACUAUGUCUCUAUGAUGACCAACGAGCAGGUUUUUUCCCUUGCUGUGGAGAAACUACUUAAUAUUGAGGUGCCGAUUAGAGCAAAGUAUAUUAGAACCAUGUUUGGAGAAAUUACCCGAAUUCUGAACCAUCUCAUGUCCGUUCUAUCGCAUGCUAUGGAUGUGGGAGCGCUGACGCCCUUUCUGUGGGGAUUUGAGGAAAGAGAGAAAUUGAUGGAAUUUUAUGAGCGAGUUUCAGGGGCCCGGUUGCACGCUGCCUACGUGAGACCAGGCGGGGUGUCGCAAGAUCUUCCAUUUGGCUUACUGGAUGAUAUAUACAUGUGGGCUACGCAAUUUGGAGACCGUAUUGAUGAAACAGAGGAGCUCCUUAGCGACAAUCGUAUCUGGAAACAAAGAACGGUUGAUAUUGGAACGGUGACGGCAGAAGACGCAUUGAAUUAUGGUCUAUCGGGUGUCAUGCUUAGAGGAUCGGGCGUUCCAUUCGACAUCAGAAAGUCACAGCCGUACGAUGCCUAUGAGUAUGUGGAUUUCGAUAUCCCUGUUGGGACAAGAGGAGAUUGCUACGAUAGAUACUUGAUAAGAAUGGCUGAGUUUAGACAGUCGCUAAGAAUCAUCGAACAAUGCAUCAACGAUAUGCCAGCAGGUCCUGUGAAGGUUGAGGAUUUCAAAAUUGCCCCUCCAGCCAAGUCGUUGAUGAAAACUGACAUGGAAGCUUUAAUCCAUCACUUCUUGGUGUUCACUAAAGGUUACCAAGUUCCCCCAGGUGAGACGUAUACAGUUAUCGAGGCGCCGAAGGGCGAAAUGGGAGUGUAUGUCGUGAGUGACGGAUCAGAGAGACCAUACAGAUGCAAAAUUCGUGCUCCAGGAUUCUCUCAUUUGGCUGCUUUCGAUCAUAUUUCUAGGGGCCACUUGCUACCCGACGCCGUGGCCAUCAUUGGAACAAUGGAUCUCGUUUUCGGAGAGGUUGACAGAUGAUUAUGUGAAACUAUUUAUUUGGAUCUUCCAUUAUUUAUUAUUCAAAAACCUAUUGAAUCUUAUUGUUGUGCAACCUCCUCAACUGAAGGACAGGUGCACAUCAAAUUGAUAUCUCCAUAAGUGUCAUCGACACGUGUAACGAAAGGCCAGGUCUUGAAGUCUUUCAAGAAUGGCAGUGGAAAGCCAGCUUGCUGUCUUGAAUAUCCUCUAGUUUGCCAUUCUUUUUCAUUGGUCUCCAGCAAGUCUCUAAGCGAAUGAGGAGCAUUUUUUAGUAGAGCGGCGCUGCCACCAUUUUUGACAUCCUCGAUCUCUUUACGUAUUGAGAUCAUCGAGUCGAUGAAUCUAUUGAGCUCGUCUAGGUUCUCAGACUCAGUAGGCUCGAUCAUCAAAGUUCCUGGGAUAGGGAAGGACAUAGUUGGAGCAUGGAAGCCAUAAUCCUGAAGACGCUUGGCAACAUCGAUGGCCUCGAUUCCAAAUUCCUUGAAUGGCCUCAAAUCAAUGAUAAACUCGUGCGCGCAGUAUUUUAUCUCAUGAUGUGCGGAUUCAUCACCCAAGAACAUGAUCUUGUAGUGGUCGCGAAGUCUGUACAUCAUAUAAUUGGCGUUCAGAAUAGCCAAACUAGAUGCGUAAGGCAGGUUUUGGGCUCCAAGCAUCUUAAUGUAAGCGUAGGAAAUGGGCAAAAUCGAGGCAGAGCCAAAUGGCGCAGCUGAAACAGGGUUAAUUGCAGUCGAUGCAGUGUUGGUGGACGCAAACAGAGGAUGUUUUGGAAGGAAGUCCUUCAAGUGCUCUGCAACACAAAUAGGUCCAACACCUGGACCACCCCCACCAUGAGGUAUAGCGAAAGUCUUAUGCAAAUUCAAAUGACAGACGUCGGCUCCCAAGUCUCCCGGGGAUGUCAAUCCCACUUGAGCAUUCAUGUUCGCGCCAUCAAGAUAAACCUGGCCUCCAUGAGCAUGAACGAGCCGGACAGCAUCCCUGAUUGUAGGCUCGAACAUACCAUAUGUCGAUGGGUAUGUGAUCAUAAUAGCAGCAAGAUUGGAAGCGUACUUGGUGGUUUUAGCUUCGAGAUCCUGUAUAUCAAGAUUUCCGUUGCUUAGGCAUUUGACUGGAACCACCUUGAGGCCUGCCAUAGCAGCGGAGGCUGGGUUUGUUCCGUGGGCACUCACCGGAAUCAAGACCACAUUCCUGUGGCCCUGGCCAAUGCUCUCUAGAUAAGCUCUGAUGACGGUAAGACCAGUGUACUCUCCCUGUGCACCCGAAUUAGGCAUGAGGGUUGUUUUAGCAAACCCAGUGAUAUCCGCUAGAUCAGCUUCAAGCUCUGUGAUCAAUUCCAAAUAGCCUUUGGCCUGGUCUCUAGGCACAAAGGGAUGAACAUUUGCAAAUUCAGGCCACGUGAUUGGAAUCAUUUCCGUUGUGGCAUUCAACUUCAUGGUACAGGAGCCAAGAGAGAUCAUGGAAGAUGCAAGAGAGAUAUCUCUUUGCUGUAGCUUGUAUAGAUACCGCAACAUAGCUGUUUCCGAAUUGUGCGUGUUGAAGACAGGGUUGGUGAGAAUCCUGUCCGUUCUAGAGAGCUGGCGAGGGAAUUCAGGAAGAGCUUGAAGGCUGUCGAAACUAGUCGUUUGUGAAGUAAACAAUUCUACGAGCCUGGAAAGGUCGUCUUCGGUGACAGACUCAUCAAGAGACAACUGGAUCUGCUUCUCGUUGACUUUGAAUAAGUUAAUGUUGUACUCUUUUAAGGCCUUGGCAACGAACGCAUCUGCAGUACCCUCAACUUGAACGGAGAGCGUAUCAAAGUAAGUGGUAUUGAGAACGGUAUGCGGAGAAUGAUUGGUGAUUUGGUCGGCAAGAAUGCGUGUAAGACCGUGAAUCCGAGUAGCAAUUGCCUUCAAACCAUCGGAACCAUGAUAAACCACGUAGUUGGCUGCAAUGUUGGCGAGUAGAGCCUGAGCAGUGCAGAUGUUUGAAGUAGCCUUUUCUCUUUUGAUGUGCUGCUCACGAGUUUGAAGUGCCAAACGAAGGGCAUGAUUACCGAGCCUGUCUUUUGUGACGCCCACUAGUCUUCCUGGAAUCUUCCUUUGCAAUUUUUCAGUGACAGCAAAAAAUGCCGCAUGAGGGCCUCCAAAACCCAUAGGAACGCCAAAUCUUUGCGAGGAUCCCAAAGCGAUAUCAGCACCAAAUUCAGAUGGAGGCUUGAGAAGAGUCAAAGCCAUUAGAUCAGAGGCCACUGCAACCAAACCUUUAUUGUUAUGCACAAUUUCGGCGAUAUGGGCUAGAUCUUCUGGAAAAGGGAUGGUACCAUCUGUUUGAGGAUAAGAGACUAAUACACCACAUAGCUCACCUGCGACAGGUUCAACGUUACCCAGGUCAUCAAUUAUAAGCUCAAUUCCCAAAGUGUAGGCUCUAGUUUUCAAGACGGCUAUGGUUUGCUCAUGAGUGUUCUUAUCAACAAAGUAUUUGGUUUUCUUUCCACGCAAUUGGUUGUAGGACAAAAUCAUGGCUUCCGCAGCUGCAGUAGCCUCAUCAAGAAGAGAUGAGUUUGCCACUGGAAGUCCAGUGAGGUCCGAAACAAUGGUCUGAUAAUUUAAAAGACUCUCGAGCCGUCCUUGCGAAACCUCGGGCUGAUAAGGAGUGUAGGAUGUGUACCAAGCGGGGUUUUCAAGCAGAUUCCGCUGGAUCACAGAAGGAAGGAUAGUGUUAUAAUAACCCUUUCCAAUGUAGGAUUUGACCAACUUGUUCUUGGACGCAAUUUCCCUCAAUCGGUUUAGCAUCUGGGUCUCAGUAUAUCCCUGUUCAGGCUUGAUCUUGAGAGGUCUUCCGACAAAAACGUUUUCCGGAAGAACCUUGCGGAUAAAUUCACCAAGGUCGGAACAUUUCACCACAGAAAGCAUCUGAUCAACAUCUUGGGGCUUGGGACCCAAGUGUCUGCGCGCAAAAGUAUCCAGAUCCGCUAAUCCUUUAUUUGGGGGAUAAUAUCCCUGAGCAUAGGCUUUUGAGGAAAUCAGCCGAAUAGAUCCACAAAAUGCAAUCCUGGACGAGACAGACAUUGCG